GCCACCGCAGUCAACUUGGUCUUCUGACUUCCACUAGGCGAUCCAAAAUUUGAUCUGAAAGCAGUCGUUGGAGGGUGGAAGCUGCGCGAUUCCUCCCCCAUACUUUUGCCCCUCUUGUCUUCCUCACGUCCAAGUCGAGCAGGAGAACAGGACAGAGGAGGGGAAAGGGCAGAGAAAAGAACCCAAAGAGACAGACAGAGAGAGAGGGAGACCGUGAACAAUGUUUUCCUUGGUGUUUCUCAUCCUCCUCGUUCCACAUGUGUUGUUCUCCUCGACACAGGUAGCAGAGAUCUUCCCUCAGGAUCCUGUCCUGCGUAUCGGCUCCAGUCUGACGGCCACGUGCACGCUGAGCUCUGAGACGGGCCUGCAUGCCAGCACGCUGUACUGGACUCUGAAUGGGAAGCGUUUGGCCAGCAGCACCUAUGAGGUGGUGAGCGCCAGCGCCCUGAGCGUCACCCUUCACCGCCUCAACGGCUCCCAGCAGCAGUCUGGAGACAACUUGGUCUGCCAUGGGCGAGACGGACACGUCCUGGCCGGCUCCUGCCUCUAUGUGGGCAUGCCUCCAGAGAAGCCGGUUAACUUAACCUGUUGGUCCCGAAACACCAAGGACUUGAGCUGCAAGUGGAGCCCGGGGGGCCGAGGUGAAACCUUCAUCCGAACCAAAUACACCCUCAAGUACAAAUUGAGGUGGUAUGGGAGAGAGAAGGAGUGUGAAGACUACACCACGGGCCAGCAGCGCUACUCCUGCUACAUCCCUCGUGACCUCGCCCUCUUCACCCCGUAUGAGAUCUGGGUGGAGGCAGCCAAUCAGCUGGGCUCAGCCACCUCUGACAUCAUCACCCUGGACAUCCUGGACGUGGUGACCACCGACCCGCCUGACAACGUGCUGGUGAGUCGAGUCGGGGAGCUGGAGGACCAGCUGACCGUGCGCUGGGCCAGUCCUCCAGCACUCAAAGACUUCCUGUUUCAGGCCAAAUAUCAGAUACGCUACAGACUGGAGGACAGCAGCGAGUGGAAGGUGGUGGAUGACGUUGGGAACCAGACAUCUUGUCGUCUGGCAGGCCUUCGGGCCGGGACGGUCUAUUUUGUGCAGGUGAGGUGUAACCCAGUGGGCAUCUAUGGGUCCAGAAAGGCUGGCAUCUGGAGCGACUGGAGCCACCCGACCGCAGCCUCAACACCCAUCAGUGAGCGGCUGCAGAGCGGCUCGUGUGAUCCAAAGUCCGGAGAGCAGAACUCCACCCUGCGGCGGGAACUCAAGCAGUUCUUCGGCUGGGUCCGCAAACACGCCUACGGCUGCAGCGGCAUGUCAAUCAAACUGUACGACCAGUGGAGGGUGUGGCUGCAGAAAUCGCACAAAACGCGCAACCAGAUUCUACAAGAAGAUAAUUCAUAGCACCCACCGAGCGCCACUGAGGUAUUUAAUUCAGGAACAGCAUCAAGAAACACUGACAGAUACGGGCCCCGAGGGUCCCAGUUGUGUGAGAGGUCCAGCCCCCUUGGAUGUGGGAUAUUGCAGAGUUUGGUUAUACAGGCUUAACUUAAGUUUACAGGAACCCAUGUGGAACAGAGAAGAUAACUGAAGUGAGACGACGCAGUGUUUUUCUGUGACUCCGCUGGCCAACCAGGAUUAGAAUUAAGUGGAAGCCUUCUUUGAUCUGAUAGCCAUAUCUCUCCGUUAGAGCUGUAUUACACACAGACACACACACACACAC